CUGCAAACAAAAGCAGACGAGGGAGGCGCUGACGGAGCGCAAGGCACACCGGAACUACCUCAGAAUCAACAGGGACCUAACCGGCACGGUGGAGCUUUCUCUGCUUGGACGCGGGCGCCAUGACUGAUGACGAGGAUGCAGUGAACUCAAGAUUACAGAACGCACAAAGAUCUGACGAAUGCAUUAAAUUUGAAGACAUUGUGGAAGAUAUAGGAAGUAACGGGAAGUUUCAAAAACGCCUAAAUAUAAUUUUUAACUGUGUGUCAGUGAUUUUCAACACAACUUCUUCAUACAGUAAAUUGAUAGCUAUCACUGUGCCUGAUCAUUGGUGCCAUGUUCCAGGAAGAGAGUCAGCAAAUUUCAGCGUAGAAGCGUGGAAAAACCUUACAAUACCAAGGGAAGAUGGGGAAUACAGCAAGUGCCUUAUGUACAAGGAUGUCUGGCAGGGAAAUGAAACAGUUCCCUGUAUGCAUGGAUGGGAUUAUGACGACUCUUGGUUUUCGGCCACUGUUACUUCCCAGGAGAACUGGGUGUGUGAGAAGGAUAUGUAUCCAAAUAUGGUAUUCUCAGUGAGCCUGUUCAUUUCAAUUGUAUUUGGAGUUCUGCUCUUCUAUGGUGGUGACAGAUUUGGACGGAGAAAGCAAUACCUUGUGAGUACAGGAAUGAUAGCAGUUUCCAGAACUAUGUUGACUGUUUCUUCAUCUGUGUUCCCACUGUACAUUUUUUUCUCUGUAAUGGCAGAGGCUGCAGGAUUGCCUAGCACUGACUCAGCUCUAGCUCUGGGAAUUGAGCUGACCGAUGUGAGACAUCGUUCAACUGUCAACUUCUUGUCAUUUUUCAGUUACUGUAUAGGAACCAUUACUAUGGCACUAUUAGCCUGGGUGCUUAGGAACUGGGUCUACUUUAUCCUGGCAGCAACUCUCCCCUUAUUUGUUCCAAUAUUCCUUAUGAGGUAUCUGCCUGAAUCUCCUCGAUGGUAUAUUAGUAAGGGCCAUCCAGAAGAGGCUCUCAAGGUUCUUCAACAUAUUGCUAAAGUAAAUGGCAAGCCAGUACCACAAGAUAUGUUCAGCAAGCUGAAUAUAUUGUCUCAACAAAGAAGUCCAAACAUGAGUGUCAAAACUAUCUUCACCAACAAAAAUCUGUUCAAGAAUACUGUUCUUUUAAUGUGUGGCAAGUCUGCUAGUGCACUGGCCAUGUUCACUUUACUUUUUAGUAACACUACAUUUGGAGAAAAUCCUUUUCUUGCUUAUAUUGCACAAGGAAUUCUACAGGUACCUGCUGUAAGUGUGGCACACUUUGUUGGUAAUGUGCUUGGGAGGCGAAUUACACACUGUCUCACUUUACUGAUUGCAGGUGUCCUGUCCAUUGUUAUGAUAUUUUUGCCCAAAGAGUCAUCGCCUCCAUGGAUGGUGUUAACUGGAUCUUUGUUACUCCAGUUCUGUUCACAUUGCUCAGUGUCACUCACAAAUCUGCAGAGCAUGGAGAUACAUCCUACUUGCAUCAGACAGAUCAGUUUAGCUAUGGAGUAUAUUCUUCUUACAUGUGUCCACUGCCUACCACCAUAUCUUGCACACCUGGAAAAAGUGGCUGGCCCUCAGUACAUGUUUAGUGUACUUGCAAGUGUAUUACUGAUUACAUCAUUUUUGGUAUCAUUUGUGCCUGAAUCUCUUAAUGAGAAACUUCCAGAGACGGUAGAAGAUGCUGCACUCUAUGGUCGUUCUCAGAAGUACUGGAGCUUUCCAAAUAAGAACAAGGCCAGACAAGAAGCAAUAGAGCUAUGCAAGUGUGUGUCUUAAAUUUAGAAAAAAGUAAAUGUUAUGGAGUGUGCUUUAUAUGCAAGAAUGCCACUGAAAAUGCAGCACAAUUUCAAAAUUAAUCAAGAAAUAAUGGCCAGUUAUUUAUGGCAGUACUGUUUACCAUGAAUUACACUACUCAUAUUUUGAAGUUCUGAGAAUUAUGAGUAAGUAACAACAAAUGUAAUUUACUGUACAUGUAAAUUAAGUGUGGUACAUAUAAUAAGUCUGUAAAACAUGGUCAGAGAUUUCUGUGUUAUAAAUUGGCCAUACAAAAAUUCAAGUAGCUAGAAUAUCUUUAAAUAACGUAGCACAACUAUUUUAUUACUAAUUAUACUCCCACCAUUUAAAACACAAAGAACAAUAUUGUGAAAUUCUGUGUGUGAUGCUAAUUUCUCAAUGAAGUGAGAAACAGGAAGGAUGAAAAAUAAGAGAACCAUUAGAAGUACUUAAGAUUUGGCAAUUUUGUGUACUAUCUUCAUCUUGUUGCAUGAAAAUGUUAGUCAUUUCAAAUAAUACAAUGUUUCUAAUAUUAUUUUUUCUCAAGCUAGUGAGGAGAUUAACACCAAUUUCAAACUUCUAUAGUUCCUUCAUAUGAUUGAGAUUCAUUGUAGCUGUAAACAUGAAAGGUUUGCUCUGCUUACUAUCAAAUGUAUUAUUUUAAUAUUUUAACUUAGUGCUAACAUUGUUGAGGAAUGUUGUCAAAAUGAAAACCAUUGACUUCGUGAAAUUGCUUUUUUAUAUUUAUCAUUACAAGUUAUUUCAUAAUUAUUCAUCAAUCACAGAUCAUGUGUAUGAUAUGGAUAUCGAUAUGUAUGCAAUAAUAAAAUU